AUGAAUGAUCAGUCAAUUUUUAACCGGUUUCGAGCAAAUGAUGCACCAUAUGUUGCUUUUCAGGACGAUAAUGAAGAUGAUUAUGAAGAAGAAGCGUCAAAUAGUUAUGUAUUACGACAAAAUACCUCCUCACCGCCUUCUCGAACUCCGUCAUUUCCACCUAUAUCAAAUCAAAGACAACAAAGAUACCAGCAGUUACCUGAUAAUGAACAUGAAGAUCGUUUUUCCGAUCAGGAUAGUAAUGAGGCUCCUCCUUCAUUAAUUGUAGAGUUGCCUUCACAACCCGCUCAGCGUCAUAAGAAAUUCAACCCGAAGCCGGGGGCGGAUGAUAUAGAACUAACAAUGUGGAAAUGGGUUAACGUAGAAAAUCUCGAUUUAUUUCUUGCAAACGUUUAUUCUUAUUAUACCGGAAAGGGGAUUUAUUGUAUUUUAUUAAGUAGAUUUCUAAAUUUAUUAACUAUGGGAUUUGUGCUUGGAUUUUCAACUUUUUUGCUUGGAUGCGUAGAUUAUUCAAUAGUUCGUCACAGCGAAAGUUUAUCUCAAGUUAUAAUACCGAAUUGUAUUGGAAAAUUAUCCGGAUGGACAAAGUUAUUUCUCGUUAUAUCUACUGGUCUUUGGAUCUGGACAAUUAUUAAAUUUGUAUUAGAUUAUCGUGGUUUAAAUGACAUGUAUAAUUUUUAUACGCAUCUCCUUCAUAUUCCUGAUGAGGAUAUGCAAACUGUUUCAUGGCAAAGAGUAGUCUCACAGAUAAUUAAAAUAAGAGAUAGUAACCCAAUAACAAGUUAUCAAGUUAAUGAUCAACCACAACAACGUUUAGAUGCUCAUAAUAUUACCAAUAGAAUCAUGCGUCAGGAUAAUUAUUUGAUAGCUCUCUUCAAUAAGAAUAUAUUAAAUUUAACGAUACCGAUUCCGUUUCUUAGAAAGCAAAAUUUCUUGACGAAGACUAUGGAAUGGAAUUUAAAUUGGUGUGUGAUGAACUAUGUUUUUAAUGAUCACGGAGAGGUUAGGAAACAAUUUGUUAAAAAUGUUAAAGAUGCGGAAAGAAAAGAGCUUGCUCAUAGUUUACGUAACCGAAUUGUUUUCAUGGGAAUUCUUAAUUUUGUAUUGGCACCUUUUAUAAUAAUUUAUCUACUUGUAUUUUUCUUUUUCCGAUAUUUCGAGGAAUACCGUUCAGACCCUGGCUCUCUUUUUGGUUCGCGUCAAUGGACACAAUUUGCACGAUGGAAAUUUAGAGAAUUUAAUGAACUUCCUCAUUUAUUUCUUCAAAGACUGCAUAAUAGCUAUAAACCCGCCAAUAAAUAUAUUGAUCAAUUCCCUAAAGCAAAAACUAUAUUGGUUACAAGGUUUUCCGUAUUAAUCUUAGCAUCUUAUAUUGAUCCCGAGCUUUUUCUCGGCUUCGAAAUUACGCCUGGACGUACAGUUUUCUUUUAUACUAGCGUUUUGGUACCACUGUUUGCGGUUAGUCGUAACACGAUUCCUGAUGAUCAUCUGGUUUUUGAUCCAGAAGAUAGUUUGAAAAUGGUUGUUGAACAUACACAUUAUUCUCCUGAUGGUUGGAGAGGACGUUUGCACACAGACGAGGUUCGAAGAGAAUUUAUUCAAUUAUUUGAACUCAAAGUUACGCUGUAUAUUCAAGAGAUAUUUAGUGUUAUUUUCACUCCUUUUGUGCUCUGGUAUUCUCUUGCAGAUUGUAGUCAUAUCCUUAUUUAUCGCCAAAUUAUAGACUUCUUUCGUGAAUUUACUGUUCAUGUAGAUGGUGUUGGUUAUGUUUGCAGUUUCGCGGUUUUCGAUUUUAGAAGACAUGGCAAUGUUAAGUAUGGUGCACCAGCAUCAGAAGUCGAAGAUGAGUACUAUCUUUCGAAAGAUGGUAAAAUGGAAAAAAGCUUUCUGAAUUUUAAGGCAAAUCAUCCAGAUUGGGAACCAACAGACCCAUUCGGAUCUCUUUACCUUAGUCGUUUAACAGAAUUUAACAACCAAGUUAACUCGGAACGCCCUAACGCCACGCGCAUGUCUGUUGUUGAUUCUAUUCUUAAAACAAAUAAUAGUGGAAAACGUAAUAGCAAUAAUAAUGUUCAUUUUAACGUCUCAAAUAAUACUUCUCAUGCUGGAGUUAAAGGCAAUGGUGAGAAUUACCAGACACAUGCUGGACCAUCUCAUGCACCACCACACGGACUUUAUCGUGGUAAUCCGCCACCUUCAAACCCAUUGAACGAACAUUAUGUCAGCGAUUUGGGUGACUCAUGGAUGGGUGGUGUUGGAAUAUUAAAUGAAUCAAAUGAAGAAGAUAACCCACGUAAUGAUGGUGUAAUUGGCUUAUUAAACCAAUUCUAUGAUUUUAAUAAUUCUUCAAUGUAA